AUGGGCAUUUUUGCAAACACAGCGACCGACGACGACAUCAAGUUUCUCCGCGACAAUAUUCACAUCAUCAACAACUGGACGGAGCUCCGAUGUAAAGAGAUAUUAGUCGACAGCAAGAGUGACUUCUAUGUGAAGAGCAAAUCGUAUGUUCUGUCCAAUUACAUCUAUGGCAAACGGAACAUUGCAUUCUUGCUGAUGACUGAAACGAAUUGCUUUGGCUUUUUUACAUCAUCUGGGCUUCAGGUUUAUACCCCAUCGAAGACUAUAAUCAAGAGAGGGACUGAGUUCUUUUCAUUUUUAAUAAGUCGAGACGACAACAUUUCUCCAAAGAUCUCAGAGUUGUUACCUGGCCGUACUGAAGUUGUUUCAAUAAACUCCCCAGACGACCAAACUGUGAUAUUUAACAUUAUCGAUGGGAUGACUUUAUAUAGUUCAAUGGAUGCCGUCUUCACUCCAACGUUCCAUCAGAUAUAUGGAUGUACUAAUUUGGACACACACAACAAAAUACACGUCUCAAGACUCUUUAUCCUUCGCUUCGAGUGA